AUGGCUUCCAAAGGUCAGUUUUUAAAAGAUCAGAUGGAUUUGAGUCUUCAACAUUUGUAUGAAUUGAAAUUUUAUCUGAAUUUUAGAUUACAACAUCGGGAAAAAAUUGCAAACAUAGAAAACUAUGAACUAAAAUUUGAAAAAUUAGCGAAUAAAGCAGCAAAACUCCUUUCUUUUCUAAAGAAAACCCCAAUUUCAAAAAUAAAAGAUUCGGAACUGCAACGAACACAGAAACGUAUUAAUAGACAAAUUUCUGUCUGGCAGAACAAUGAACAUAAUGAUGAACAACCAGAUAGAACACAAGCACGUUUCUUCUUUCGAAAGAACACCCUCGUAACCAAGAUGAAAGAUUUUUCUGAAAUCUUUACAAUGUUUGUUCUUCAUCCAAAUUUCCAAUUCAACAAACAGAAUUUAAUAAAGUUUUUAAGAGAAGUCCAAAUCACCGAGAGGGGAAAAAGACGCGUACAAACUGAGCACUUGUUUGAAUCGAAAUAUCAAGCUGAGUCCCAUGGAUGUGUGAAUGUGGGCACCGCUAGACGUGGAUAUCAUCUGUCCUGUUCUACAACAGACCAGGUGGCUGUCAGUGAUGGAGUCAAUCUCCUCUUGACAAAUCUUAAAGGUCACACGUUAUAUCAUCUGACAGACAUAAAGAAGAGUAGUGGUGGUGUACAUACAAUGAACUCUGCAAAUGAUCUACUUUAUAUUGACACCAAUUUUAAUAUCAGUAAACUAUCAUCUUACACAAAAGCAAAAAUUAUACUAAUAGAGAAAACAGAACCAUGUGAACCACUUUGUGUUUAUUAUUCUCCCACGGAAGAUCUGUUAGUAGGAACGGGAAUAUAUGAUGCAAGUAAAGAUCAAUAUUCAGACGCUAAAAUAAUUCGAUACAACAGUAAAGGACGACGUGUCCAGACCAUUCAGCAUAAUAGUGCAGGUCAGGAACUGUACAGUAAACCUAGAUACAUCACAGAGAACCGUAAUGGAGAUGUUAUUGUGUCUGACAACCACCGUGAUGUGGUGGUGACUGAUCAAAGAGGCAAAUAUCGUUUCUCCUACUCAGGACCUCCACCAGGACCACGAUUAUAUCCUUAUGGAGUCUGUACAGACGCACUGUCACACAUCCUGGUGUGUGAUGGUACGACUUACUCGGUACAGAUGAUUGAUAAGGAUGGCCACUUCCUGUCACGGCUACUGACGAAAGGAGACGGGGUCCACAAUCCACAUAGUCUAGUUUACGACUUUAGAAAUCACCUGCUGUUAGUUGGAUCUUCCACCAACAACAAAGUGAACGUAUACAAGUAUAUAAAACUUCAGAGUUACCUUACAUGUGAUGAUAUUUAG